AUGCCAUUUUCUAGUGUCAAACCACAGAUACACUCACUAUCUUUUUCAACUCCUGUUCUGUAUGAACUGGAACAUCUUCCACCGCCCACUCCAAACACCGCCAAUAUAUUCAAACAUUCAUCCAUGAUAAAAAACAAACACACAUUUACAAGUAUAAGUCGCCAAGAUGUAUCCAGUAUCAAAGAUGUCCAGAACACUCUUGACAAAGGUAUCAGAUUUGGCCAUACUAGAUCUGGCAAUUAUAUUGACAUUUGCUUCCUUAUUAAAACAGAUGAUCGUUUAAGCAAUUUACCUACACAUUGCCUGCCUCGUGUGUCUGUGGUAAUGGAAGGAAAAGCCAAAAUCACAUGCUUGCUGAAUACCUCUUGCUCACUUGCAGAUGUUAUCCAAGACCUAUGCGAAAAUCACUUUAUGGUUGCCUCUCCUGAUCGGCAAAAAAACAAAGAUUUCAGUGAACCUCACAUUUUAUCAGAUCCAGAAUCCACUUUGGUUGCAAACACUUAUAAUUUCUCAAAUGAUUAUGUACUUCGUGUCUGCGAAACCGAAGAGCUAAUCACUGAUGACAAAUUCUACUCUUCCAAAGUAGCCCACGGAACCAAUCUUAAACUUUCACUUUCUGCACAUCUGCUGGCUCCAUCCAUGUGCGAUUCUUUGGCAGAUCCUGUUGAUAAUGCCUCUUUAAAAAAAAGUGUUUUUUUAUUGCAAAAGUAUCUCAAGGAGACCGAGUUUCGAAAGCACUUUUUAGAUGUAGGCGGAUUCAUACAGUUACAAAAAGUUGCUAUUACUGCCCAACAAAACACGCUGGCUUAUACUCUUGGGUGUAUCCAUACCAUAAUUGAGCAAGAAUGGGUGUCAAUCAAUCAAAAUUUAGUCAGCUCAUCUCCUACUGUGCUGCUUGAUUGUACAAACGUACCAUUGUGGUGUUGUUUUACCAACGAAUUUCUUGAAAAGCUGGCCUUUUCGCUGGCAGUAGAAGUUCCGGGAAAUAUAUUCAAGCCAAUAACGCUGAUCUGCAUAUGGCUUCUGAGAUCAUCUACACUUUCCAAAUCCGUUGACAUAUUUUGUAAAUACAUUGCAUCGCAGCCCUCUGUUUUGUCGAACCUUGUACAUUGCAUCACAUCAUCCUAUCCAGAAGUCCAGCUUGGAUCUCUUCAACUUCUAAACUCAUUACUCACAUUUCCUCCUGAGCGACGUCGUGCAGUGCUGAUGAGAUUGGCCGAUUCGUUUGGUAUCCGUAAAUCUGUGGCAUGGCUCAUGAAUCACCAUGCUGAUCAAAUGUUUCACGAAAGUUUAAUUGAAUUUCAGCAUAUUGUCGCGUUAGACUACUUUAAGGGAAAGCAUACCAAAGUCGAUACUGAGCUUGCUACUCAUGCCAACGUUCUAGAUGAAAUAUGGUCAUUUGCAGACAUAUCAUCCAACGGGGAUAAAAAAUGGCGAUUGAUUGGGUUUUUGACAGAAACACCUACUAUAGAACUGUCCCGUGUUGGUGUGCUAGGCUUGGCAAAUUUUCAUUUUUUCAUUUGUAAAAAUCGCAAAGAGUAUCGGCAGUUUGUCAUUGAUCAGCUUGCAUUAUCCGAGGAAUUUAGAUGUCCGGUUGCACGGGCCGCCAUUGAAGUAUGCGAUGUUUUACUUGAUGUCUGGCAAGAUUUUUUUAAAAAGUCUGUGAUAUCUAGAUAUCAACCCCUUUUCUUACUUUUUGAAGAACUAUUUGCCAUUACACUACGAGCUUUUUUUCGUUUUUGGGUUGAUAUGGAUGCACGCCAAUCAGAAUCAGAAAUUAAGCGUGUUGUGGCCACUUUGAAAUCCCAUAUAGUAUCAACACUACAGAGCAUUAGCGAUGAUGAAAAAGUUGCUUUAGAUUUAUUUUACAAGGCCAUGCUUCAAACAUCAUUAACCGAUAUUCGCUCAGCCCAGCUGAAGAUGAACAAACAGGCAGAAAUGACAACCUGCUCUGAUUAUCUCCAAGCAAAAGCUGCAAUCAACAGUUCUGCGCGAGAAUUUAUUUUCCAGCAACGCAUCUUGACAAUGAGGCGAGGGGAUUUUUUUUCAAUGGCAAAUAAUGACAAGAGUCGGUCAAAAACGGUGCGUUUGUAUAAGCUCAAUGCCAAGUGUACCAAACUCAUGUGGAUUGAUUUUGAAAACACCCCAACGCGUGAUGUUGCCGACGACAAGUUUCCUAAUCAUGCAAGAGUACGCGAUCUAAUUGAGCUCAAGACACAACAAGCUUCCAGUAAGCAGUCGCCAGACAACGCAUUACCUUGCAAUCUACUGUUUUGGGCAUCGUUUAAACAAAGUAACAAAGUAUUUAAAAGCAUCAUUUUACAAACCAAGGAUUCAAAAUCUCCAAACAUAAUUGAUCAGCGGCUUCCAUUCCAGUGUAAUUCUACCCAUCAAUUUAUGUGUUGGCUAGAUGGACUUUCUAUGCUUAUGAAAGAAAGUCCUAUCUUUUUUGCAGGAAACGAAACAGAGCGAUACAUACACGAUGUUGCUGACAAUCAAUUCACAUUAUGGCAGAUUUCGCAAGAGGGAUUGAAAAGUCCUAUCAAUUAUUUACCAGAAAUUCCAUCCCUACCAACAUCAUGGGAUUUCUGGUAUGACGAAAAGUGCAUGGAUCCAGUUUUUGUAACGCAUUGA